AUGAACACCGAUAAUGAAGAAAAUAAAAAUUCUCGACCAGUGAUAACAACUGAAGAAUUAACAUUAACAACUGUAUCAUAUAAAUUAUUACGACUUGUUCGCUCAUUUCUUUUUGACCCAGAAUUCUUUUGGUAUACCGGGUCUUAUACAGAGAUUGAUUGGGAAGCCUAUAUGCAAGAAGUCGAGAUAUUUCUUAAUGGUGAAAGAGAUUACAUGAAAUUAAUUGGAAAUACUGGUCCAUCUCUUUAUUAUAUAACCUCAGGAGGAAUAGAAAUUCAAAAAGCACAAUAUUUAUUUGCUAUUAUAUAUUUAUGGACAUUAUAUACUGUCUUUAAUAUUUAUCAUAAAUCUCGAAGGAUCCCACCAUAUGUCUUAAUUUUAAUAUGUCUAUCUAAGAGAUUACAUUCAAUUUAUGUCUUGAGAUUAUUCAAUGAUACAAUAACUAUGGCUUUCUUGUAUACUUGUAUAUGGGCAUUGAUUAAUAAACGAUGGAAGUUGAGUUGUGUACUUUAUAGCUUGGCCUUAUCGGUAAAGAUGAAUGUUUUAUUAUUCUUUCCCGCAUUUGGAAUUCUUUUAUUUAAGACUUUAGGAGCUUGGAAGACAUUCUUCCAUCUGGCAAUAGUUGGCUUUAUACAAAUAAUAUUAGGAUAUCCAUUUAUAUCAACAUAUCCACAAUCUUAUUUAAAACGUUCUUUUGAAUUUUCACGUGUUUUUAUUUAUAAGUGGACUGUCAAUUGGAAAUUUUUUGAUAAGAUGACUUUUGAAAGUAUUGGAUUUUCCAAUUCACUUUUAACUGGACAUAUAUGUGUCUUAUUUUUAUUCUUGUUUAGAAGAUGGUGUCGUAAAGAUAAUGGUGUAAUUUCUUUAUUAGUUCGUGGUUUUGUGGGUAAACAUGAAGAAUUAGUUAGACAAGUAAAGAAUGUUACUGCAGACCAUAUUACAACUUUAAUGUUGACUAGUAAUUUUAUUGGAAUUGUAUUUUCUCGAACAUUACAUUAUCAAUUUUAUUCUUGGUAUUUUCAUGGAUUACCAUUUUUAUUAUGGCAUUGCAUUAAAUUGCCUGUUCCUUUUAGAUUUUUAAUUCUUGCAGUAAUUGAAUCUUGUUGGAAUGUAUAUCCAUCUACAAGUGAAAGUUCUUUAUUACUAUUAAUUUGUCAUUUGAUUAUUUUGGUGGGAUUGUGGAAUAGUGAAGAUUUGGAACAAUAA